ACAGUGGAGCGUGUUUGCCUUCCCAUACCCACUCUUCACUCGAUAUAUCUGAAAGUUGCGUUUGAUCUUCCCUUCUGCAUUUGGUCUCAAGCGUGAGAGAAAUCUCUGCAAGGAUGGGAAUGGCGGAGGGAGGCGGUGACGCGUCGGCGGAUGCGAGCGAGAUGAAGCUGGAGUUCACUCCCACAUGGAUCGUUGCCGCGGUCUGCUCCCUCAUUGUCUUCAUCUCCCUCGUCGUCGAGCGCCUCCUCCACCGCCUCGGAAAGGUUCUCAAGCGGAAGAACCAGAAGCCGCUCUUCGAAGCCCUCCAGAAGGUGAAAGAAGAGUUGAUGCUUCUGGGGUUCAUUUCGCUGCUGCUCACGGUGUUUCAAGGGGCGAUCCAGAGGAUCUGCAUUCCUAAAGGAUGGACCCUUCACAUGCUCCCCUGCAAGAAGGAGGAGCCCGAUGACGCACAUGGUGCUGCCGCCGAAGCACAUUUCCAGGCCGCUUUUUCUGCUGGCCUUUUUGGAGGUCGUCGACUUCUCUCUGAGAGUGGAUCUGGCGCAGCACAUUGCUUGAUCAAGGGAAAAGUCCCACUGUUGUCUCUCGAGGCUAUACAUCAAUUGCAUAUCUUUAUUUUUGUCCUUGCAAUCACUCACGUUGCUUUCAGUGUCCUAACUAUCGUUUUAGGAGGAGCAAAGAUACAUCAGUGGAAACACUGGGAAGACUCAAUUCAGAAACAAAUUACAGGAGAUGGCACAGCUCCAAAACAGGUAACCCGUGUGCAUCAGUUUGAAUUUAUCAGGGACCGCUUCAGAGGCAUCGGUGCAAUAUCUGUUAUCAUAAGUUGGUUGCAUUCUUUUGUCAAACAGUUCUUCGGGUCUGUGACUAAAUCAGAUUAUACGACAAUGAGACUUGGUUUCAUCAUGACUCAUUGCAAAGGAAAUCCAAAAUUUGACUUCCACAAGUAUAUGAUCCGUGCACUUGAAGCUGAUUUCAAGAAAGUUGUUGGUAUAAGUUGGUAUCUUUGGGUGUUUGUCGUCAUUUUUAUGUUGCUGAAUGUCAACGGAUGGCACACAUACUUUUGGAUAGCAUUUAUUCCUCUCAUUCUUCUGCUUGCUCUUGGCACUAAAUUGGAGCAUGUCAUUACUCAGCUGGCCCAAGAAGUUGCUGAAAAACAUACUGCAAUUGAAGGCGAUUUGGUGGUUACGCCAUCGGAUGAUCACUUCUGGUUCCAUCGGCCUCAAAUUGUCCUUUACUUGAUUCACUUUAUCCUGUUUCAGAAUGCUUUUGAGAUUGCAUUUUUCUUCUGGAUCUUCACCACAUAUGGCUACAAUUCUUGCAUCAUGGAUCAUGCCUGUUUUAUCGUCCCAAGACUUGUGAUUGGAGUCACAAUUCAGCUUCUCUGCAGUUACAGCACUCUACCACUCUAUGCCAUUGUCACCCAGAUGGGGAGUUACUUCAAGAAAGCCAUAUUUGAUGAGCACGUCCAAGAAGGCCUUGUGGGUUGGGCUGAGAAGGUAAAGAAGCGAAAAGGUGUAAGGAUCGGCAAUGGGCUCGCAACAAGCCAUGCACAGAACGAAACUACAACGAAGGUCGAGCUGCCGAAGAUGUUUGUGCAGACGACACCUGCCAUGGAGGAGGGAAGAUCUGGCACUGGAGAAAUUGCAUCAAGACCAGCCACCUGAUCCAUUCUCUAGCUGGAAACUGUGUGGAAUUACAUGCCCUUAGAUAAUGCUGGUGUUGUUGUGUGGUAGUAUUGUAUGAGAAGAAGUUAGAGAUAUGUUGAGUUGUAUCUGCCAAGUUUGAGGAGUGUUCCUUUUGUGAUUGAUGGCAGUAAGAUGGCUCAGGAUGUGCUUAAGUUUAUGAAGGUAGGAAGGGAAAGUUUAUGGGAGGGAAAGGAAUUACAUGUAUGUGAGAUCACCUGUACGA